AGUGAAGACAGGAGUAAGACAAGGCUGCCACCUACUAUUACCCAUGAUCUUCCCGAUUAUGGUCGACUGGACCAUGCAGCAAAUCGUGAGGAGUGAGAAGAGGGAGGAAACGCUGGAUCGGGAUAAAGAUCCUAGAAGAUUUGGAUUUCGCCGAUGACUUGCAUCUGAUGUCGCACAAACUCGAAGAUAUACGGUUGAAAACUAACAAGCUAACAGAAGAGGCAGAGAAAACCGGACUCCUUUUAGGUGAAAGUAGAGAAGAUAGAGGUGAUGAAGAUACCCAACCAACAACAGCAUCAACAGUACAUAUCAGCGACCAUCUGCGGGAGAAAUGUAAAGGAAGUAGUCUCUUUCACCUACCCACCUUCCUAGGCAGCAUCGUUUUAACUACAGGCAGCACAAGCGGAGACGAGGAUAUCAAAACCAGGAUCGGAAAAGCAAGACAGGCUUUCAUUAAUCUGAAAUCAGUGUGGAUAUAUACUGCACUCCACCUAGCACAAAGAACAAGAUCCGGAUUUUCAACACCAAUCCAGUAAAGUCAGUGCUACCAUAUGGUUGAGAAACUUGGUACGUCACGAAAAUCACUACCAACAAACUGCAGACAUUCAUCGACAUCUGUUUAUGCUUGAUACUGAAGAUCAGAUGGGUGGCGAGAAAGAAUAAGCAACAAGGAACU